GUGGUUAGAACUAAGUUUCUUCUAAUUCUAGUGCUGAAAAAUGUGCUAUCAUCUUCCUCGAUCAUCAAUCUGGUCACUUUAUCAGUCCUAAAGCCCUAGUUUCCUUUUCCAGUUCAUAAAACAAAAGAGAUCAUACAUACAUGGAAACUGCCCACAUGGAUCAAGCUCUAUAUUGCCACGUAUUGGCUAUUCUAUAUCCAGGUAGAGGCCACAUAAAUCCUUUAAUGAACUUGUGCAAGCUCAUAGCUAUAACCAGACCAAAUCUUUUAAUCUCUUUUAUUGCAACAGAAGAGUGGCUCAGCUUCUUGAAAUCAGAGCCAAAACCAACUAACAUCAAAUUCGUUACAAUCCCAAAUGUAAUUCCAUCAGAAAAGGGCAGACACAGAGAUUUUUUAGGCUUUAUGAAAGCUGUGUUUACUAAGAUGGAAACUCCAGUUGAAAGUGUACUUGUUGUGCUGCCAAAGCCCAAUGUCAUUUUAGCUGAUUCGUUAUUACCGUGGGCCCUUAGUGUUGGAGAGCGAAGGAAUAUUCCGGUGGCUUCAUUUUGGCCCAUGUCUGCAACGGUUUUUUCUAUCUUUUAUCACCAUCAACUACUUCUUGCUAAUGGGCAUUUUGAAGCUAAUUUGGCAGAGCAAGGAGAAGAGCUAGUAAAUUACGUUCCUGGGAUUAAACCAAUUUGCGUGAAGGAUCUCCCACCUGUAUUUUAUGGCAAAGGCCGCGAAAGGUUGCCCUUCGUUCUCGACGCUGUAUCACAAUUGGUCAAAAAAGCACAAUACGCCUUGUUCACCACCAUUGAAGCAUUGGAAUCUCAAGUCAUUCAGGCUUUAAAAGCUGAAUUUCCAGUCCCCAUUUUUACAGUUGGUCCAACAAUCCCUUACUUCAAUACUCAAGUCAAAACAAACCAGCCUAACCCAAACUACUUGUCAUGGCUUGAUGAUCAACCUAAGGACUCUGUUCUAUACAUAUCCCAAGGAAGUUUCAUGUCAGCAUCAAACCAACAGUUAGAUGAAAUUAUAGCUGGCGUGCAAAGCAGCAGUAUCCUGAUGUUUUGGGUGGCACGUGAGAAUGCUUCCCUACUCACAGAUGGAGGUGAAAACGGGAACAGGGGAAUUGUGGUGCCUUGGUGCGACCAAUUGAGAGUUUUGUGCCAUCUUAGUGUAGGUGGAUUUUGGUCGCAUUGUGGAUGGAAUUCAACCAAGGAAGGUGCAUUUGCGGGCGUUCCAUUUCUUACAUUCCCAAUUGCCGCUGAUCAAAUCACCAACAGUAAGCUAAUAGUGGAGGACUGGAAGAUUGGCUGCAGGCUCAAUAACGAAAGCGAGAACCUGGUUAAGAGAGAUGAAAUUGCUCUACUUGUUCAGAGGUUUAUGGACCUCGACAGCUACCAAGGAAGAGAAAUGAGGAGAAGAGCAAUGGAAAUAAGGAAAAGUUGUCAAGAAGCAAUUGAAGAUGGAGCCAUCCAAGGAAAUAUUGACAGGUUUAUUCGGGAUAUUUCUCAGAGCCCAAGGAAAUAGUUUCGGGCUUUUAAAGUUUCUCUUAACCAAACAAUACCCAGUCACUGAAAUUGUAACCUUCAGGUUCAAAUGGUUAUGGUUACAAGAGGAAACAGUUCCUUUUUGUUUCGUUUUCAUUUGGGAUUGCUUGUUUUUGUGGUGAUUGGAUUUGGUGAGUGCUUAUAUUACAGCCACCUAAUCAUCACUCCAUCCUCAUUUACUGAGUAGUAGAAAGCCAGCCGGUACACAAAACAUCUACUAAUUCUUUGAUUCCAGUUAGUAAGAGAUCUUGAACUAAAAAAUAGACCCUAGAAGCUAAAAGAAGGCUAUCCGAUUGCAAUAAUCCGGUUCAUUCCCAAUAAAGGAUAUCAAUUGCCGAUAACCACUUUCGCCCUAUCCAAUUCACCUCCAUCGAGGCAGCGAACUUGUAAAUCAUAUUGGGCGGUCAGGCAGAAGUAGCAGUACUAGUAUUAAUAGUAGGACCAGUUGGCCCAUGAUCUGUGGGAAUUUUGGAAGACCCCCAGGGAUAUGGCCCGCACCUGCCCCUGUUGUCACCAGUUUCAGUCUUCAUCGUCUGCUCCAUCAAGUACUAAUAUGGGUAGUGAAAGUUCAAAUUAUUAUCUGCAGAAAAUUGGCUUUCCUGGAUUUGAUCUGCCUGCAGCCACAAAUAUGAAUCCUAUGAGCUUUACUUCAAUUAUGGGUGCGAGUAACCAGCAACAACUGCCAGGAUUGGAGCUUGGAUUAUCUCAAGAGGGUCAUAUAGGAGUUUUGAACUCACAAGCUUUAAGUCAGAUAUACCAGCAGGUGGGGCAAGCAAGAAUGCAACAUCCACAGCAGCACCAACAAAAUCAACAUCGGCAACAGCAACAAACAUCUCCAGAGGAUGAUUCUCAAGGAUCAGGACACUAGUAGUACAGCUUUCAGAUAAAAGACCUGAGCUAGGUUUUUUUGGUGAAUGGUUUUCAUUUUUUAGGAGGUGUAUUGUUUAUAAGUUAAAAACUAUCUUUAUCAUUCAUUUUCCCUUUAUAUCAGAGUGGUGUGCUUAUAUCUUGUUUGCUGAAAUAGACAUAGUUAUCGCAUAACCUCGCGCAAUUUUUCUCUUCUUGUACUAUAUAAGGCUUCGGAUUGAUUCACGUCUUUGUGUUUGUAACAAGAAAGGGAUUUCUGGCA